AUGUUGACAAAGCCGGACUACGCAGAAUGGGAACCCCAUAAGGCCCAGAUCGAGCAGAUCUAUCUACACGAGAACAAGACCCAAAAGGAGCUAAGUCGGAUCAUGGAAACGACACACGGGUUUCGAAAAACAAAAGCGCAAUAUGAGAACGCAUUCGAACGAUGGAACUUCAAGAAGUACAAAAUGACACCUGAGAAGUGGAAGGCCGUCAAACAUCGCAUAGAAAAAAGAAAGCGAGAGAGGGGCAAGGAAAGUGAAGUGUACAUCAAUGGCAUUCUCUGUCCAUCUAAAAAAGUGAAGUAUGAGAUCGGACGACAUGCUUUUGAAUCCACCAUCGCGAGGCUUACCUCAGGUAACUUCCCACUGUGCAAAGCAUGCCAACGUCGUGUAGCUUAUAUUUCCCUUAGUACCUUCUCCAAAAACGCCCGAAGGUGUGAUGGUCUGUUCCCCUGGACCGACUACUACUGGCCAUCACAAUGGCCUCCAAAUCUUCCUUGGUUUGCUUUCUCUCACACAUAUUUGUCGCGAACUCUACUAGGAAACCUUCUGCCAGCAACUAGUUCCACGUCACAAGCUCUUCAGACUACUGGACUUUCGCGAUCACAGUUGAAAAAGAGCCUGUCCCACUCACUGGGCUCCUUGCUGUCCUGGAAAACCACCAGGUCUCUCAAAUUGACUCAGAGCAGCUCUCGAGUGACAGCAGUACUUAAUGUCACCAUGCCCGAAGAAUAUGACGGCCAGCAUCGGAUUGUUUCUGAGAGAAUCAGCAGCAAUAGGGAGUUGCACCUGGAGGAGUUCAUGCGAAUGGCAUUAUAUCUUUUGUCCAACAAUCUUUUGGGGCACGAUCCUGAAGAAAAUGUGGAAGAGAAAGAUAAAAUCAUCAUAAAUCUUCUUCGCAUCUCUGGAGGUCUCAAUACGUCGGACAUGAGGAGUUUGGUGUCUCUAAAGGUCGCAACAGCCGAUGCAAUUACUGAGAAAUUAUUUGCAAGUGCGGUCAGGUCUGGCGAUUUUCAGGCUAUUGAAACAAUGCUGCAAGCUGGGAUGAGCCCAGAUACAUCAGUCCUGAAUGGUGCAUCGGUCACAAAUGGAGGAGAAAGCUCUAGCCCGCUGGUCCAUGCAGCCCGCAUACGAGACAAUGAGCUUUCUGUCAAGAUAACUCGUCUGUUAUUAUUGCAUAAAGCGGAUCUCAAUCAGAAACAGACCGGGGAAUUAGCACUCGAAUGCGCCAUCGAGCGCCGAAAUGAGGUGCUGUUAAGGAUUCUGAUAUCCAAGGGCGCGCAACUUCCUUCACGCGCAUUGGAGAAAGCCGUUUAUUCUCGGUGUUCAAGAGAAAUUGUUGGAAUGAUUCUGGAUGCUGGCGCAGAUAUGGAAGAAAGACCUCGUCGAGGCGUGGCCACAACAGUACUUGGAUAUAUUGUCCUUGACGAAAACGCAGAAUUGGCGCAAUUGCUGCUCUCACGAGGUGUAAUUACUGAUUCGCUGCAUCCGGUGGACGGCCCUGAUUCCAAUGCUCACCGUCGCCGAGCAUCGAGAAGGUUUUCUUCGAGAGUGUCAAAGUGUGUCUUUGGGAAACCAUCAAAGCGCUAUCAGACGACUGCAUUAGGAUUGACAGCUUGUAAUGAAAACAUCCAAAUGAUGAAAAUCCUUCUAGCAGCACAUGCAACCGUCAACCGAACAGACAAUCCGGACAAUUAUCUACAUCCACUCGUGUUGGCUGUUACCAGAAGAAAGAAAGAGGCCGCCAAGCUUUUACUGAAAGCAGGUGCCGACCUCCAACUUGCAGAGAGUUACAAGACGUCAAACGGGGAGAGAAGAAAAAGCUUAUUCGAACGAGCCUUGGAAGCAAAUGACCUGCCCAUGUGCCAGAUUCUUCUGGCAAAUGGAGCCGAGGUAGGGGCACAGUUCAUGCAGGAUUAUUAUUCUUCUCAGUUGUGGGAGCACGUUAAACAUAACGACACUGAAACCGUUGCACUACUUCUACAGUUUGGAGCUCGAGCAAACGAUCUUUGCGAGGGUCUCCCUAAUAGCGCACUGGGGUUAGCGAUAACCCAAGGGAAUUGGACUAUGAUAACUCUGCUACAAAGCGCAGGGGCGACAGGAGUGGGCCAUGCGAUUCCCUUCAUCGCCAGCAUUGAGACCGCGAGAUUUCUGGAGCGGAGUAACCUGCUGUCGCAACUUCUUUGGGCUAAUGGGCAGAUGAUACUUAUUGAGGCAAUCCUCGCGGAGAACGAGGCUUUAGCAAGCCUCCUUUUGAGCCAUGGAGCCGACAAACAGGUCCGAGACACCGGGAAGACGCCCAUAAUAUCAGAGAUGAGGGCCAACACUCCAUUGGAAGCAGCAUUGUGUCGUGGCAAUUUAAGCCUGGCACAAGUCAUCAUCAGCCGCGGGGGACGGGUGACUGAGGUUGAAAUGAACGCAGUCAUGUGGAGAGCAGGGAUGAUACAGGAUCAUUCCGUUCUGCGGGGAUUUACCAACAUGUUCGGGCCAUUUCCCUUCUGUUCUCCAACUGCAAUUGCAAUGGCCGUGCGCUCAAAUGAUGAAGCUGCUAUCUAUUGUUUGUUGGAGGCCGGUGUUGACCCACGCGGUGCUCCGAAACUGAGCAUAGACCGUGACUAUAAAGAGCUUUUGGGACCCAAGCCUGCAAUCCACACAUACACCUAUGAGAUGAUGGGCUGGUGGAAUGCUAGUCACGUUAAGAGAAGACCCCGUAUCUUUCAUUCAGUGCUCGAAUUGGCAGUGAUACACGGCAACCGACUAAUCCUACAAGCCCUAUUGGGAUCAACUACUUGGACGAGAGAAGAAAAGGGACGGGCUUUGUCAAUAAGCCUUCACCUUUGGGACAGACGGUUUAUGCAGGAUUUGCUAGAUGUCGGUGCAGACAUACACCAAGACGUCUUGCUCAUUGACCAGGUCAUGAAACGGUAUUCAAACCCCGUGAGGGUUGCUUUGAGCGAAGGGGAUGUUCACUUACUACGAACUUUGUUGACCGUGGAUCCUAUCGUUGACCAUAUCAACAGCCAAGUGUACAUGGCAUACGCUAUCGAGCGUGGAAACAUUGAGCAAUUGAAAAUCCUCCUGACAGCCAUCACCACUAUCAACGGUCCACUGCAGAACUCGGAAGGAAAGUCACUUCUAGAGAAUGCGUUAUAUAUUGCCGGCGAAGCGGGAAACAUGGAAUUGAUGAAGAUUCUUCUAGAAGCUGGUGCGAGGAUUCAUUCUGUACCAACACCUGAGUACCAUCAUACUACCUUGUGGCACGCGGUAGAAAGAGAGGAUCUGGAGGUUGUGAAUAAGGUCUUGGCAGCAGGUGCAGAUGUCAACGGUCCACCGUUUGAAGAUGGCGGUAUGACCCCGCUACAGCAGGCUGCAAAGAAAGGAAACAUGGAGCUUGUGGACUUGUUCCUCAAAGCCGGCGCAAAUGUGAACCAGGAACCGCAGCCUUGCGGUGGGGCGACAGCGCUGCAGUUUGCUGCAAUUCAGGGUUAUAUUGGAAUUGCCCGCAAGCUACUCGAUGCUGGCGCUAGCGUCCGAGCCCCUAGGGCUGAGCGAUAUGGAAGAACGGCCAUUGAGGGCGCUGCUGAACAUGGCCGAUUGGACAUGGUACAACUUCUCUUGAAUGAGGGGGUCCUGAUUGACGGGAAUGACCGGAUCGAGUAUAUCAGGGCCAUCAAGCUGGCUCAACAAAACUGCCACUAUGCCGUAGCUACGCUUGUCAAAUCAUUCUCUGAUUGGACCGAGGUGGAUUCGGCGUGCUAUGAAAAGCAAGUCUUUGACCGGGAGGAGCAUAGAAUGCUGGAUGAAUAUGAGAAAACCAAAAGGGAAGGAAGAUGUUAA